AUGCCUACCCAGGGCGCCGACAGGCGAUACCAAAUUCAAUUCAAUUCAAUUCAAUUCGAUUCAUCGCGAUUCCGCACCAGUGGAACGAAGAUUUUCAGAUCGCAAGUAUUCCGUUUCUGUGUUCUUGGGCGACUAGAGUUAUACAUUAUAAAAUCUGAUACUCCGACCGUAUUAUACUCUGCAUUAGGGCAACAAAGACCGACAAUCUCAAGGAUGCUGCAAGGUUAUGGUGCGGUGGCCCUUCCAGUGCAACAUGAUGGCACUCGUAGUCUGCAGCAGGCCUCCGCCAGCAAAAUUGGCUACCUCACCCUUAUCGCUACCGCAUCUAAUGUCAGAGUAUGA